AUGCAUGAUACAACAAGCAGUAGUUUGCUCACUGUGCCGAGUACCCUGUGCUGUGCUGUGUACCCUGUGCUGUGCCGUGCCGAGUACCCUGUGCUGUGCCGAGUACCCGGUGCUGUGCUGUGCCGAGUACCCUGUGCUGUGCUGUGCCGAGUACCCGGUGCUGUGCUGUGCUGUGCCGAGUACCCUGUGCUGUGCUGUGCCGAGUACCCUGUGCUGUGCCGAGUACCCUGUGCUGUGCCGAGUACCCUGUGCUGUGCCGAGUACCCUGUGCUGUGCUGUGCCGAGUACCCUGUGCUGUGCCUGAUUACCCUGUGCUGUGCUGUGCCGAGUACCCGGUGCUGUUACGAGUACCCGGUGCUGUGCCGAGUACCCGGUGCUGUGCCGAGUACCCGGUGCUGUGCCGAGUACCCGGUGCUGUGCCGAGUACCCGGUGCUGUGCUGUGCCGAGUACCCGGUGCUGUGCUGUGUACUGGUUAA